CUACGAGGGCUUGCGAAAGUUGAGCUCACACAUCCAAAAAAAUUCGGCACCUUGAUUAUAUGCUUGCUCUAUAAACUCUUUUCCAUCCUGCACAACUGUAUGGUGAGUUUCCGAAUUGACCACUCCAAACCAUUUGUACGCUAACUUCACCACUACUGGUUCUAUUUCAACAGCAGUGAUAUUAACAUGAGGUUUCAUUUUAUGUAGUCCCAUAUCGAAACCUCCACCGCCCAGUCCUAUCUCGAGUACUUGCUUACCCAUGCCCAUUUCUUCUAGAGGAAGUGAUUGCAGGAGAAACGUUGCGGCGAUCAUCGAGGCCACCUGAACAUUACGCCGUCCAAAGUCAAGCCAAGGGUUGUUGUAGUAAAGUUAAGACAAUUGUUAAAAUGCUAUCUAGCCAUGCAGGAGAUUCGAAAGGCCAUUACAGUACAUAGCAGUGAUGGAAUUGACACUUACGUGAGAGCUCGUGAAAGUAUUGUGAUCAACCGGCCAUUUUUGGAUGUCAGAACAUCGAUAUCUCCCGCUAGAUUCUUCUCCACCUGA